CUCUCUUUCUGUAUGACCCCGCUAGACAGGACUCUGCUCUCUGUGCUUCCGGGUUCUUUUUACGUUUGUGAUUCUCCAAACUCUGCGGUGUUCUCAAAGUUGGGACAGUGUGGCUUGUUCUUCGCGCUUAACAUGAAGGUUGGUCCCGGGUGCAGCCUAGACUUGCAAAUCCAGGAACUCUGCGGGACCUUCUGUCAUUCACAGAUGUGGCCAUUGAUUUCUCUGCAGAUGAGUGUGAAUGUCUGGACUCUGCUCAGUGGAAUUUGUAUAAGGAAGUGAUGUUGGAGAAUUACAGCAACCUUGUGUUCCUGGGUCUUGCUUUCUCUAAGCCAUACCUGGUCACAUUUCUGGAGCAGAGUUCAGAUCCGUGGAGCAUGAAGAGGAAAGAAUCAGCGGCCAUCCAUCUAGGAUCAAAACCCCAUAAAUGUAAAGAGUGUGGGAAGGCCUUUGAUAGGAACUCAGUCCUUAUUCAGCAUCAAAGAAUACAUACUGGAGAGAGAUCCUAUAAAUGUGAAGAAUGUGGCAAAUCAUUUAAUUAUUCUUCCAGCUUUAAACAGCACCAAAGAAUUCAUACUGGCGAGAAACCCUACAAAUGUGAAGUGUGUGGCAAAGCUUUUAACUGUUCUUCAUAUCUGGGUAAGCAUCAAAGAAUCCACACUGGAGAGAAACGCUACAAAUGUGAAGAAUGUGGUAAACCUUUUACUAAUUGUUCAGGACUUAUUGUUCACCGAAGAGUACAUACUGGAGAGAAACCCUACAAAUGUGAAGAAUGUGGCAAGGCCUUUAGUGUUGGCACAACACUCUCUAACCAUCAGAGAAUUCACACUGGAGAGAAACCUUACAAAUGUGAAGAAUGUGGUAUGGCCUUUAAUGUUCGCUUUCUUCUUUCUAAGCACCAGCAAACUCAUACUGGGGAGAAACCCUACAAAUGUAAAGAAUGUGGCAAAGCUUUUAACUGUUCUUCCAGCCUUCACCAACACCAACAGAUUCAUAGGGGAGAGAAACUCUAUAAGUGUGAUGACUGUGGGCAGGCCUUUAGCUGUUCAUCAUAUCUGUAUAAGCAUCGUCGAAUCCAUACUGGCAUGAAACCCAGCAAAUGCAAGGAAUGUGGCAAGACUUUUUACUGUUCUGUAAAUCUUAUUUACCACCAGAGAAUUCAUACUGGAGAGAAACCAUAUAAAUGUAAUGAGUGUGGAAAAGCUUUUAGCAUUUACUCAAGAUUUAUGAAACACCAGCGAAUACAUAGUGGAGAAAAACCCUAUAAAUGCAAAGAAUGUGAGAAGGCCUUUAAUAAUUGUUAUAAUCUAAUUCAACACCAAAGAAUUCAUACUGGAGAGAAACCCUACAAAUGUAAAGACUGUGGCAAAGCCUUUCAUUAUACUUCAAGCCUUGCUCAACAUGAAAGAAUUCACACUGGAGAGAAACCCUACAAAUGUGAAGAAUGUGGCAAGGCCUUUAACUCUUCUUCGAAUCUUAAAAAUCAUUGGAGACUCCAUACUGGUGAGAAGCCUUACAAAUGUGAACAAUGUGGGAAAGCCUUUAAAGACUGUUCUAGCUUUACUCGACACUAUAGAAUUCAUACUAGAGAAAACCCAGACUAGCUCAACCAUGUCGCAAAGUCUUCCAUAAUCAUUUACUGAUAAUUCUACACUAAAAAAAUUCAUAUGAGAAGGAAAGGAACAAGGGAAGACCGUUAAUAAUAGCUCAGCCCUUAUUUACCCUCUUCCAUUAAAUGCAGGAAAGAUCUUAUAAUGUGAAGAAGAUGGCCGUGAUGAGCAAUCUAUACUUAUGCAGCAUCAAAAUUUUCAUUUUACAGAAACUCUGCAAAUGCAAGUAUUGUGGGAAAUGCACACUCAGUACCAGUGAAUUAUAAUAACUGUAUACAUGCAUAAUGACUCAGGAAGGAACACUGUCAAGUACAUAAAACUGAGACAACCGAACUCUUACAGUGAGAAGCACUGUGUACACUGUGUUGCAAGAGCACAUGGAUCUUAAGAGAUAUAAGAGACAAAUUCCAGGAGUUGUAGAGAAUUUAGCCAAGGAAUAAAUACUGCUUAUAAUCGGCAGGAAAAUGUUUGGUGUAAUAUAAAAACUCAUUACACACUUUAGAUCAUGCAGAUAAGUCUGUGAGGACAUCAGUAUGUUAUAAAUCCAAAUUAUAACCUCAGUUUUGUCAAGUGAAAAGAACACAAGGACUAGUGAUUUUAUCAGAAGAACAAGACUGAGUCCUGAGGUUUCCGAGUCCUUUUUUUUCCCCAAAGACCAUAUAUACAUUAUUGGAAUAUGAAGUUUAGUAACUUUUGUAAAUAAAAAGAAGCUGUUUUUAAUGUAUUGUCAGUAUUGUGAUUAAUAUUGCAUUGUCUUUUUACUGCUUUUUUUCUUACUAAGUUUUACAUAGUUUUUUUUUUUUUACUAAGACAGAAAAACUACCUUAAUGAGGUGUGAAGGCUAAUAUUGGCUGUCCACCUGAGACCUAGGAAGAAGGAACCUCAGCUGAAGAAUCGUCUCUAUCAGUGUGUCCUGUGAGUGUGACUGUUACAGCCUCUUGAGUGCAAUUGAUGUAGAAGGGUCCAGUCCACUGUGGGCGAUACCGUCCCUAGGCUGUGGACCUGGGCUCUAUAAGAAAGGUACCUGAAAAUGAGACUAGGAAUGAGCCAGCAAAUAGCAUUCCUCCAUGAUCUUUGCUCAGGAUUCUGCCUUAAGUACCUGCCUUGGAUUCCUUCAAGGAUGGACUGAAAUGUGUAAGAUGAAAUAUACCUUUCUUCCCCAAGCAGUUUUUGGGUCAUGGGGUUUAUCAAAGCAAAGAAACAAAUGAGAACAUAAAGGACCUAAGUAACAUUUUAAUUACUUAUUACUGGGGAAUUUUGGGAUAUUUAGUUGGCUCCUAUUGUUGAUGUUCUUCAUGUAAUUUGUAGCAUAUUAUCCUUUGUGUUAUAUCAUUAUUUAUCCACUUAUCAUAAUUACUUUUAUAUCAUAUGUUUUAUAGAAAUAAGGUUAGGCCCUUUUUGACCCUGGUAUUUUAUGUCAAAUUCUCACAGGAAUUUACUAUAGAACCUCUUCAGCCUUACAGUGCACACAUUUUUGGUAGUCAUUCACAUUAGCUGAAAUAUACAAUUAUAACGUGAUGAACUUUAGCUCUGAGAGAACUCUUGAACAUGUUUUCAGAAGGAACUUGAGAACUGCUAAAGCAGAAAUUAACUUUGAAAUAAUUGACUUCUCAUUAUUAAAUGGUUAACUAUACAUUCUGAAACACGCACAUCUGAUCUUCAUAGAGCUUUGAUAAAUGAUUGCUUUUCAUUUUGAUGCUAAUUCUAAUAUUACUGUUUUCAUGCAUCACAUAAUAUAUUCUUUAUGAAAGUACAUUAAGUUAUAUUUUACCAUUUAUGUGCUCUGGUACUGUUUAAUAUUAUUUAAUAGUUUUCUGAAAUAGUAAACUUUGUAAGACACAUUCGUUUAUUAUUUCAUCCCAUUAAAAAAUUAUUCCUCCUUUUCAUUUGGUAACAUACAUCAUAGUAUGGGAUGUUUACAAGAUACUAUGUAGAGGUGAACACUUGAAAAGCUUCAUAUAUAUUAUUGUUGUUAGAAACAACAGAAACAAGAUAAUCAUGCAUAGCAAGUAGAAAAACUCAGAAUGAGAUUCUUGCUUACUUGAAAAUGUAUGUGAUGAAAAACUGGUGUAAGCGCUGCGUAUGGUGUGAAGAUGACUGUGCUGCCAUUCCAAAGAAAACACCAAGCUUAGGAAGAGACCUUUCAUUUCCUACUCAGCUUCAUAUUUUUAUUACUCUCUAGCUACAUGUGUGACACAGCCAUUGUCCUUUAGAACCAGUGUAAUGGCUCUCAUUUCCUCUCCCCACUCAACUUCAUCUUAUCAAAAAUUGGAAUUCCUGACAUGUACUUUCAAUUUCCUUAAUACUUGGGUAGUUUUAUUUAGGCAUUCACGGGAUUCUUCAUUUUAAGUGCUUAUUCCUAAUUGACCCAGAGUAACUAGUUGUAUAUUUGUAGUGGUGAGUUUUCAUUAUACCGCUUUGGGUUUCAGGGGGGACCACACGCGUCCACCUGCCCAGGAGCUAUUUUUCGAUUCUAGAAUGAAACACACACACACAUUAUUUUUAAAAUGCCUUGGCUACCUCAAAGGCUGGGCACUCCUAAACCUUCCCCUGCUAUCCCAGGCCCAAUCUCCAACAUAUAUGCUGUAGGAUAUGGUUUCAGUACACUUGUCAAUUAUAUAAUAAGUGUAGCAAAUCUAGCUCCUCAAACAAUUAUGACUUUCAUGCUAAGAACAUUUAGAAUUCAUUAGGCUACUGUGUUAUAUAUUCCAAAUUAUUAUUAGGUGUCAGUAUCCUGUAGUGAUAGUAAGUGCUCUGUGUGUGUGUGUGUGUGUGUCUGUGUGUGUGUGUGUGUGUGUGUGUGUGUGUCUGUGUGUGUGUGUGUGUGUGUGUGUGUGUGUGUUGUGGAGGCUUCUGGGCAUCCCACAUGGGGUUCAAUAUCCAUCCAUAUAGUGUAAGGCUGAUGCAUGGGGCAGUCCCUCAUUUAUAUGACUCUACCUGGCCUCCUUGCCCUGCUCCAUUCUGCUUCCAACCCUCUGCCCCAAUUAGCAGCAGAAUGGCCCUGUCCAUAACUUAAUGUUACUUUCUGGAUAGAUUAAAGUCAAUGAGAACUCCAUGACCUCCCUGGGGCAACUUGUUCAUUAACAUGAUAAUCUCAGAGAAUACUCCUUUUGGGCAGGAAGUGACAAAUAUUUACAUGUACAAGGCAGGUUUUGUGGGUGAUAGUAAUAACAGUACCAUAUAUCCUGCCAGUGCUGGAUGCUGCCAGUGCAAUAUGAACAAUUGAGAAUGCAAGGGCAUAGCUUCAUUCAUAGCCAGUAGAUAUGAUAUCUGUGGGGGAUAGGUCGCCUCCCAAAUCCAGGCAUGUUGGGGCAGAAACAAAGGCAGACCACAGGCAUAAGGCAAAGGAAUCUCAGAGACAGAGGGAGUGCUAUCUCAGAGGAAGCAGGCUUUGAGUUCUAGCAGAGACAACAGGCAUUAGGAACCAGUAAAGCUUCUGUUCACUUGAGAACCAAACAGGUAAGGCACCCUCUGGCACAGAAAUCAUGCCCCCACACCCCCUGGACCUAGUGAGGUUGAGUCCUGGCCUCCAUGGCUGGUUAGCUUUCCUGAUGGCUGAGGUCUCAGAAAGACAAAGAAGUGCAGACCGGAAGCCCCACUCCUGCCAAGGCUGCAGCUUUGCUCAGGAGGCUCCUGCAGUCACCACAGGUGGACAAGUCCUGCCUCCCUUACCUCAGGAUGUGAGCACAAGAAAGCAGCAACAGUAGUCCAGUCUGCUCACCUUGCACGGGGUUCCUUUAAGGUAACUGCACACUUAGCAAACACCCAAGGAUCUCAUGAGUGCGAGUGAGUGAGGAGAGAAAAUACUGGCAAUAUUUUCAACCAUAGGAGCUGUGGUCGGGAUAUGACCGUGAAGAAUAAUAAGAUUCAAAACAGCGUAAAGUGUGCCUGAGUUGAAAGGCUAGUAGAUAUGGGGCUGGGCAAAUGUUUUGUAAGAUAGUGAGAAUUUUGGUGCCAUCACAAACAGGAGAUUCUCAGUGAGCAUGAGAACCAAAGAGGCAUCAAGAGCCGCUGGGAGUUAAAAGAAAUCAAUAAAUCUUUAAGAUGAUUUUCUUUUCCA